AUGACAGCACAAAUAGAUUUCAUUUCACUUCCCUUCAUAAGAAAUGAGGAGAUAGACUUCAUCCAUGGUGCCCUCUCUUUUGCAAUUCAUUCAAACAAAGUGUUCGGAUUCCGGGAAUUUGUUCAGAUGAGAAACCCUGACUUUGACAAAGAGGAUAGCUUUGUCAAGCUUUUCUGGAAAAAUGCAUUUGAAUGUUCAUUUUCCAACUCCAGGAUAAGUGACGUUGAUGAAGAAGAAGUCAUGUGCACUGGAAAGGAGAAACUGGAGACUCUUCCGACAUCUGUGUUUGAAAUGGACAUGACUGGCCACAGCUACAGCAUCUACAAUGCCAUCCAUGUGGUGGCACAUGCUUUGCAUGCCAUGUUGUCAUCAGCAGUCACAUUCAGAACAGAAAACCACAAAGCCAAACUCUCCUUUAUGAAAGAACAAUUCUGGAAGCUCAACCACUUUGUGAGAAGGAUCUCGUUUAACAAUGAUGCAGGAGAUAUGAUUUCCUUCAAUCAGAAUGUUUAUGGACAGUCCCAGCCACUUUCUCUCUGUAAUAGCAAAUGUCAUUCAGGAUAUAGUAAGAACAAAUUAGAAGGGAAGCCAUUUUGCUGCUAUGAUUGCCUUAAGUGUCCAGAAGGGAAGAUUGCCAACCAGGAAGACAUGAAUGAUUGUUUGAAAUGUCAACAAGAUCAGUAUCCAAAUCAGAAUCAGGACUUAUGUCUCUUCAAAGCUGUAACAUUCUUGACGUAUGAAGAAACUUUGGGAAUAGUUUUGACCAGUUUUGUUCUCUUCUUUUCUUCAAUCACUGCUGUAGUUCUUUGGAUAUUUGUUAAGUAUCAAGAUACUCCCAUAGUCAAAGCCAACAACCUAACUCUCACCUAUAUCCUCCUUGUUGCUCUCAUGUUGUCUUUCCUUUGUUCUUUAUUAUUCAUUGGCCAACCUUCCAAAGUGAUGUGCAUCCUUCGUCAAACUGCUUUUGCCAUUAUAUUCUCAGUGGCCAUUUCUUGUGUUUUGGCCAAAACCAUCAUUGUGGUUAUAGCUUUCAUAUCCACCCAGCCAGGUUCCAAGAUGAGCAAAUGGGUGGGGAAAAGACUAGGCUUCUUCAUAGUAUCUUGCUGCUCCUUUAUUGAGGGUAUUAUAUGUGCUACAUGGCUUUCCACCUCUCCCCCAUUCCCAGAUGUUGACAUGAGAUCCAUGGCAGAAGAAAUAGUUCUGGAAUGUAACGAAGGAUCCGCCUACAUGUUCUACUGUGUCUUGGGAUAUAUGGGCUUCCUUGCCUUUGUUAGCCUUACAGUGGCUUUCCUGGCAAGGAAAUUGCCUGAUGCUUUCAAUGAAGCUAAGUUUAUCACCCUCAGUAUGUUGGCCUUCUGUAGUGUCUGGUUGUCCUUUAUUCCAACAUACUUGAGCACCAAGGGAAAAUAUAUGGUUGCUGUGGAGAUCUUCUCAAUUAUAACUUCCAGUGCUGGUUUAUUGAUUUGUAUCUUUUCCCCUAAAUGCUACAUUCUUAUGUUGAGGCCUGAUCACAACAAGAAAGAACAGCUAAGAGUAAAAAAUAUAAGGCAAGAAUAUAAUACUGGAUAG